AUGCUCAAGAUGCUGCGCCAGCCGAGACUCUUGUAUUGUCAUAGCUACGAGGCCGCCGAGGCGAUUCAUCAAGCACAUGUUAGUACCAGGCAACAAGAUGUAUAUCAAGUCGUUUCGAACAUUGGACAACUAUUCGAAGGCUAUCCUUCCUUUGUCACCCAAGAGCUCAGCAAUCUCCUUCCGUAUCAAUACCGGAUCGAGGCGAUUGAUCAUUCAAGGGUGCAGUUUUACGCGCCAAAUACGGAUCCGGUCAUUAUCGAGGCGGUUAAAAAACCAGAAGAUUCGCAACGACAGCAGACAUAUAACAACCCAGCUGUUGAUACACGCGAUGUUUCCAAGAGCCAUAUAGAUCGUGUCGAGCUGGAGAAAGUCGGAUCUACCGAAAGCUGGGUGGCCAAGGUCAAAGAUCGCUUUACGGGUAGCCCUCUUGUAUACAGACAGCUUCUCGAGAUACUCCGGGAUACUCAGGAUGACGCGCGCUCCACUCAGGACGCCUACUUGGCAGCCAAGAAGCUGUUUGGCGUAAACAGAGAUCUGAUUGAUGAAUUCCAAAUACUCACAGCCAGGGGAGAGCUCAAGCUCGACGAGUCACUCUUGCAAAAAGUCCGAAGUGUUACUCAAUAUGGGACUGGUAGUCCUGAGCAGCUUCAUUUGAUUAGGGAAGAAAGGGGCCAGGCGUCAAUGGAGGCUGUCGGUGAGGGUACCAAAGGCAAUCCCUCUGAAUCAAACCAAACACUGUGUUGCAUAUGCCAUGAAGCUGGCUCUGGCGAUAUGAUACAGUGUGGUAAUACCAACAGCUGCCAAGGGAAGUGGUUCCAUCUGGUCUGCGUCAGCCUUUCCACCGCUCCCGCAGCAACGGCGAAGUGGCAAUGCCCCGAGUGUCGUGAGCGCGUCAAUAUCGCAGAGGUAGAGGAGGGCAAUCCAGGAGGGUCUGAUAAGCGAAAGCAAAUUCCGUCCUUUGGCAGGAUCAACUACCCUCAACCCAAUCCGGACAUUUAUAUCUGGCCACCAGACUCGUAUGGUUCUGUCGACGUAACGCCGGAUGAGGCGUCGUCUUCAUUCGUUCCGCCGCCGUUAUCACCACCCUCUCUUACCAAAGAUGAUAAUCCUUUCGAUGAUGAGGAUGACAGGCCAGCUCCGACGGGGAUGCCCACGUUCCGCAGGACCACCCGGGUGCUAAAAUCGUCAUUUGCACCUCCUGUGUCUAGUCGCCUACGCGAGGUUACCACGUACGAUACCGAUGUACAAACACCAAGUCAUGCAACUCCUGAGCCUGAAAAACAAAAUUCCAAACUGCAGAACAAGACGCCAUAA